AGGUGUCCGCUUCUUAAAUCUCACUUCUCUCCCCCUCUCUCUCUCUCAAGCUGAGGAAACCAAAGCUCAGAUCCGAUACUCUCCAAGCUCAAAAUGUCCAAUAGUUUUGACAAGUUUGAGAGCUGGAAUGGAGAAUUUGGGGCCAAUUUUUCUUCGAAUCAGGAGAAGAAUCAAUGGUGACAUCACACUGGGAGCUUCUCUUCAGUAUCUAUAGGCCUCUUCCUGUAAGCUAGCCAUGAAUCCCUCCAAGCUCUUUGUUUUAGUUCCUUUUCUUGUCCACUUAUUAUCUAUCUCUGCUCCUGCGCUUGCUGAUCUAAAUUCUGACCAGCAAGCUCUUCUUACCUUUGCUGCUCAAAUCCCUCAUGAACGGGAACUUAACUGGAAUUUGAGCAAUCCAAUUUGCUCUUCCUGGGUCGGAAUCUCAUGUAACUCGGGGAAAACCCGUGUUGUUACCCUCCGGCUACCGGGUAUUGGUCUCCUUGGCCCAAUCCCUUUAAACACAAUUGGGAAGCUUGAUGCUCUUCAGGUCCUUAGCCUUCGAUCUAACCGCCUUACUGUAAAUCUCCCUUCUGAUAUCCCUUCAAUCCCUUCUUUGCUUUCUCUUUUCCUUCAACACAAUAACUUGUCUGGAGAAAUACCAUCAUCACUUUCUUCUAGCAUCACGUUCUUAGACCUCUCAUUUAACUCCUUCAGUGGAAAAAUUCCUCUAUCAAUUCAAAAUCUCACUGAACUAACUGCAUUGUAUCUUCAAAACAACUCCUUGUCUGGUUCGAUUCCUGAUCUUAAAGCCCCAAGACUCAGACGUUUGAACUUGAGUUAUAACAACCUUAGUGGCUCCAUACCACCUUCUCUUCGGAACUUUCCAAAAGAGUCAUUUUUGGGAAAUCCUCUCCUCUGUGGACCUCCUCUGGCACAAUGCUUUGGAAUUCCUCCUCCAUCUCCACCAUUAUCUCCUCCCCCUGCUCUCCCCCCAAAACAUAAGAAAAACUUUUGGAAGAGAUUAAGCUUAAGAGCCAUAAUUGCAAUUGCUGCCGGAAUAUUGGCUCUACUAGUCGUUCUUGCAAUAGUUCUCUUGGUAUGCCUCUUGAAGAGAAGGAGAGAGACGACAAGUGGAAGAGAAUCAAAAGGGAAGGCUGUUGCUGGUGGAAGGAGUGAAAAGCAACCUAAAGAGGAGUAUAGCAGCGGAGUACAAGAAGCCGAGAGGAACAAGCUCGUUUUCUUCGAGGGCUGUUCUUAUAAUUUUGACUUGGAAGAUUUAUUGAGAGCUUCGGCUGAAGUACUUGGAAAAGGGAGUUAUGGAACGACAUAUAAGGCGGUUCUUGAAGAUGGAACCACAGUGGUUGUAAAGAGAUUGAAAGAAGUGGUGGUAGGAAAGAAGGAAUUUGAGCAACAGAUGGAGAUAAUAGGAAGGGUUGGGCAACAUCCGAAUGUUGUGCCUCUUCGUGCUUAUUAUUACUCGAAGGAUGAGAAGCUUCUUGUUUAUGAUUACAUGCCUACUGGCAAUUUCUCAACCCUCCUUCAUGGAAGUCGUGUAGCAGAAAAAACCCCGUUAAAUUGGGAAACCAGAGUAAAAAUCUCACUAGCAGCAGCCCGUGGCUUAGAGCACAUUCACUCUGAAGGCAGCGGAAAACUCGCCCAUGGCAACAUCAAAUCCAACAACGUUCUCCUAACUCAAGAUCUCGAAGCUUGCGUCUCAGAUUUCGGCCUUGCUUCCAUGAUGAGCUCUCCAGCCACUCCCUCAAGGGUUGUUGUCGGCUAUCGAGCUCCAGAAACAAUCGAAACCCGUAAAUUCACCCAAAAAUCCGAUAUUUACAGUUUCGGCGUUCUACUUCUUGAAAUGUUAACGGGUAAAGCGCCGCUACAAUCUCCAGGACGCGAUGAUGUUGUGGAUUUACCGAGAUGGGUUCAGUCUGUUGUUCGAGAGGAGUGGACUGCUGAGGUUUUUGAUGUGGAUUUGAUGAAAAAUCAGAAUAUUGAAGAUGAAAUGGUGCAAAUGUUGCAGAUUGCAAUGGCUUGUGUUGCUAAAUCUCCUGAUCAAAGGCCUAAAAUACAGGAGGUAAUUAGGAUGAUUGAGGAGGUGAGAUCGUCUGAUUCGGAGACGAGGCCGUCUUCAGAAGAGAAAUAUAAAGAAUCUAGUGUGCAAACACCGUGAGAGGGAGGAAACAUUGGUUUUUUCAUUGAUCUGAUUUUGGAGUUGUGAUUUUUUUGUGCAGAAUUUGAUAGGAUUUGUUUAUGAUUGUAAGUUGUAACAAUGUGGCAUUUGUGUUCAAAUCAUUUCAAUCGUCUUAUUGCUUUGUCUGGCAGGAUUAAAUUGAGGUAAAAAGGAAGUUUAUUUGUAAGGAUUACUAAUUUUCAAAUGGUUAUAUAACAGGUAAGUUUAUC